AUGGACAACCCGCCGUUCUCCUCCGCCUCGCCGGCGGCCGCGUCCGAACCGGACUCCGCGCUCGUCGCGUCCGUCGCGGAUGCGCUCGUAUCGGCGUCCCGCCUACCCUCGCCGCCGCCCAUGCCCACCCUACUAGCCGCCUACCUCCCGCGCCUCACCGCCUCCCACCACCCGCGCGUGCUCUCCCUCGCCGCCGCCAACCCGGGGCUCGCCUCGCCGGAUCCGCUCCUCGCCUACCGCAGCCUCGUCUCGCCGCCCUCCUGCCUCCCUUCCCUCCUCCCGCUCCUCCCCGUCCUCCCCUACCGCCACCUCUUCCCGCUGCUCCUCUCCUUCCUCCCGCUCGACCCGCUCCGCCACCUCCACCGCCACCUCCUCGGCAACGGCAACCUCCCCUCGACUUCGCUCGCCGACGCCGCGCUCUCCGCCUACUCCCGCCUCCGCCUCCCCCACCUCGCCGCCCAGCUCCUCCACUCCAUCCGCCGCCGCGGCCACGUCCGCCCCUCCCUCCAGGCAGCAAACGCCGUCCUCUCCGCGCUCGCGCGCAGCCCCGCCACCUCGCCGCAGGCCUCCCUCGACGCCUUCCGCUCCCUCAUCGCGCUCCGCCUCCACCCCAACCACUACACCUUCAACCUCCUCCUGCACACCCACUGCUCCAAGGGCACGCUCGCCGACGCCCUCGCCACGCUCUCCACCAUGCAGGGCUUCGGCCUCUCCCCCGACGCCGUCACCUACAACACGCUCCUCCACGCGCACUGCCGGAAGGGCAUGCUCGGCGAGGCCAGGGCGCUCCUGGCCAGGAUGAAGAAAGACGGGAUUGCGCCUACGCAGUCGACUUACAAUACCCUCGUGUCGGCUUACGCGAGGCUCGGCUGGAUCAAGCAGGCCACCAAGGUCGUGGAGGCUAUGACAGCCAACGGCUUUGAGCCGGACCUGUGGACGUACAAUGUGCUUGCCGCUGGGCUAUGCCAGGCGGGGAAGGUGGACGACGCGUUUAAGCUUAAGCAUGAGAUGGAGCGGCUCGGAACUUUGUUCCCUGACGUAGUCACCUACAAUACACUCGCCGAUGCGUGCUUCAAGUGGCGGCGCUCGUGUGAUGCACUAAAGCUGCUCGAGGAAAUGCAGGAGAAAGGGGUGAAGGCGACUUUGGUCACGCAUAACAUUGUUAUUAAGGGCCUUUGCAAGGAUGGGGAACUGGAGGAGGCACUGGGGUGUCUGAAGAAGAUGGCAGAAGAGGGUUUAGCGCCAGAUGUGAUCACAUACAAUACGUUGAUUGAUGCGUACUGCAAGGCUGGCAAUGCUGCCAAAGCAUACGCACUAAUGGAUGAGAUGGUAGGGAGGGGACUCAAAUUGGACACCUUCACACUUAAUACUGUGUUGUACAACCUAUGCAAGGAGAAGCGUUAUGAUGAAGCUCAAGCGUUGUUGCAGUCUCCAGCGCAAAGGGGUUUUGUGCCUGAUGAAGUCAGCUACGGUACAGUGAUGGCAGCCUACUUCAAGGAGUAUAAUCCUGAGCCUGCUCUGCAUCUCUGGGAUGCGAUGAUUGAGAGGAAGUUGACGCCAAGCAUUUCAACUUACAACACAUUGAUCAAGGGGCUUUGCAGAAUGGGGAGGUUGAAAGAGGCGAUUGACAAGCUGAACGAGCUCAUGGAGAAGGGGUUGGUGCCAGAUGACACCACGUAUAAUAUCAUCAUCCAUGCCUAUUGCAAGGAAGGGGACUUGGAGAAUGCCUUCCAAUUCCACAACAAGAUGGUGGAAAAUUCCUUUAAACCGGAUGUUGUUACCUGCAACACUUUGAUGAAUGGACUCUGUCAGCAGGGAAAGCUUGACAAAGCAUUGAAGCUCUUUGAGUCAUGGGUAGAGAAAGGGAAGAAGGUUGAUGUUAUCACAUAUAACACACUAAUUCAAGCUAUGUGCAAAGAUGGGGAUGUUGAUUCUGCGUUGCAAUUUUUUUCUGAUAUGGAGGUCCGGGAAUUGCAGCCCGAUGCAUUUACUUACAAUGUAGUGUUAUCUGCACUAUCGGAGGCAGGGAGACCAGAAGAAGCACAGAAUAUGCUGGAUAAGUUAGCUGAUAGUGGAAAAUUGUCUCAAAGCUUUUCUUCUCCCCUCUUGAAGCCUCCUUCUCUGGAUGAAACAGAGUCGGGGAAGGAUCUCCAGAGUAAAACCGAGGAAGAAACUGGUGGAAAUCCACAAGAUAGUAUUCUGGAGGCCUACACGAAACGCCUAAAUGAGCUAUGCACCGGUGGGCAAUUGAAAGAAGCUAAGGCCAUUUUGGAUGAGAUGUUGCAAAAGGGAAUGUCUGUUGACAGUUCAACGUAUAUAUCUUUGAUGGAAGGGCUUAUCAAGAGACAGAAAAGGCUAACACAUGCAGCUCGGUAGUACAGAAUGUUCAUUUUUGCUGCUUUAUGAUAUGAGUUUAGUCAUAACUCUGACAAACUUGAGCGCUUCAUAUCGAUGAGCAUGAUGUACAUAAAAGGGUAGACUUUUGUUGAGAUAGAAGUAAUCUUUUCGGUGGGUGAAGUUUGUGGAUAUUAAGGUAUGGCCAUGCACAUCGAUCUAGCUAGCUUGCCUCUUCAGCGGAAGCUGCACAUCCCUGCCGUGUCCUCAUCUUCUCGGAAAGGGCAGCUUACCAUCUCUGGCAUGCCCUCCUGCUAAUUUCCAAGAUUAAUUGCGAGGACUUGGUGCUCCCUCAUCUCCUCCCUGGAGAUGUCACCGAGAUGUCUUGAAACAGUAGUAUGUUGGGCAUCAUUAGAUAGUCACCCAGAGUUUGGUCAAACUUGACAUUAUUUGGCUUUACCAUUUGUGAUUUUGCAAUCUGGUUUCCCAAAAUCUGACCACACAUUAUAGAAAGCUAUAUCUUCCAUUAUGCAGCUGUGUGCUCAUCUGCGCGCAAGUGCAGCUAUAAUAUGGUGAAGGGACACUACAUGUAGAGAAGAAAGGAAGGAAGAAAUGAUGGUAAGAAGCCAGAACAUGUGUCAAUUUACGAGUAGUUUCUUUCUUCAAGGAAAUAGGUGGUGUGGUUUGGCUCUGCCUGCACAGUCUUGUUGGUCUGCAUUUUCUCUCUCGUCUGCUGUAUGGUUUUCCUCCUUUGCACCUUGCAUGUUUGAUGAAAUGCCUGCCUGGUGAUUCCUUCUCGGUUCUUGUUGUUUUCUUAUAAGUUUUUCUGUCCCUCCGGUAGCUGCUUCCUCGGGAGAUUUCUUGCUGCCUCUGUCCGCCCUCCGAAGAAAGGUGUGUGCCUUUGCCUCUUUUCUAUGUGGAUCUGCCACGAUUUCCUUGGCUGCAAUAUUUUCCUACGAGAGCCACGGUUUCCUUGGUUGCAAUAUUUUCCUGCGAGAGCUUGCGUGCUUUCAGUGUUGUCUGUGGCUUAUAAUUUUGUGUUCAUAUUUCUGCAAGUCUUGGUGUCUGGGGAUUUUACAGGCUUGAACAUUUCUCGUGUUGUGCUCGCUGCUGUCAAGGCUUGCUUCAGGUUGCCUUUUCAUGAUGUAUGUGUGUUUUACGAUCCCCGCGUAUGUUUUCAGUACAGAGUGUAGUUGCUUCGUUUUGAUUUACUCUAGCAGCGUGGUUGAGACAGGCUAAUAAUUUCAGUGCUAGAUUCUAUCUUUUG